UUGUAGUCUGUCUAAAUCUAGUUGCAGCCUCUCUCUCCCUUCAAGUGUGUCCACCUCGUCCCACAUCUUAGUGUCAGCAGCAAACUUGGACAGACCUCCUCGUCCAAGUCGCUGAUGAAGAUGUUAAACGGUGCGGGCCCGAGGACCAAGCCCUGGGGUACCCCACUGCUCACAUCUCGCCAGCUUGAGUGCAACUUAUCCACCACUACUCUCUGGGUGCGCCCCAUCAGCCAAUUUUUUACCCAUCCAACUGUGCAGGCAUCAAUGCCACAGUCACUUAAUUUGUUGAUGAGGAUGGGUUGAGAGACAGUGUCAAAGGCCUUCUUAAAGUCUCGAAAGACUAUGUCCACAGCGACACCAUCAUCCAAGGAUUUAGUUACUCGGUUGUAAAAGGCAAUCAGGUUAGUCUGGCAGGACCUGCCUUUGGUGAAGCCAUGCUGAUUGCCCCUGAACAUGAUCUCCCCUGCAGGCCCCCCACAGAUAUGCUCCUUGAUGAUCCUCUCUAAGAGCUUCCCAAGCACUGAGGUGAAGAUUACAGGCCUAUAUUUACUUGGGUCCUCCUUCCUCCCCUUCUUAAAAAUAGGGACCACAUUAGCCAGCACCUGGCCAGAUGACCACAAAUGCUCAUACAGCCAGGCCAAAGGCUCCGUGAUGACCCCUGCCAGCUCCCUCAACACCCUCGGGUGGAGGGCAUCUGGACCUGCAGAUUUAAAAAUGUCUAGCCCUUCCAGAAGAUACUGAACUACAUCUGCACUGACUAGAGGCUUGAUAGAGCUAUCCCCAAGAUUGUUCCUACCUCUGGUAGGAGGGAUAUCCCGGUCCCUGUUCAGGAAAACAGAGGCAAAGAAACUGUUAAAAAUAUUAGCUUUCUUGUCUGGUGUGGCCACCAGAUUACCAUUUGUGUCUUGCAGGGGCCCUACAUUGCCUGGUGCCCUCUUCUUGCUCCCAAUGUAAUUGAAAAAGGACUUUUGAUAGGUAUGCCUAUGUGAAGGGGCUCUGUGCCCUCCAUUUCCCAUCUGUUCCAUGCAAGGGUUUUUAUAUGUUCCUCGGCCUUGUUCUUCCUUGCUGUGCAGGAGCUUUGUGUACCCUUGCAUGCUCAGUGCCUCUGUGUUGUUCCUUUUUCUUCCCCCAUUUCUCUUCUUUCAGUCUCAGAGAGAAGUCGCUCAAAUGCAAAUCCUGUUUAAGUAAAUUGGGAACUCAGACAGAGAAAGGGGUAUUGUUAUGCUGGAAAGUGUUAAUGGGUGACAUUUACAGGUUCUUUGAUUUGUUGGCAAGUUACAGAGGUAACUUGCUUGAAUCUGACCUUCCUAAUAGACGUUAGGGGUCCUAUAUGACCCCCUUUAAAAAAAAAAACAAACUCUGGUUUUCAAAUUUUCCUCCAAACCACUAGAGCUGUGGUACUGAGUACCCAUCUUAUAUCCAAACAAACAGAGAAAUGUCUUUAAGUAUGUGUAGGACCAGCCAAAGUUCGUCAUUUAAACCAGUCACAAAGAAAGCUUUCCAGAAUGAUUGGUGUUUUGACUGUUUGUGAUUUCAUUUCAAAGAAGAUGCAAAUAUAAUCUGAUGGGAUUUUUCUCUGAACCAUAGUUCCCCAACAUUGGUUAGUUACUGUUUGGGAAAUGAGUCAAACUCUUCAUUCACUUUGCUGAGCUCUUUGAUGUACAUUGCUGAAUUUGUGUUGUUAACAGCUUCUCAGACUCUUAGUAUUUUUUUAGAUGAAAACAUAGAUGCAAGAAAGAUAAGUUCAUGAUCAGUUUCAGCUGGUAGUGCAAUCUCUGUAUAAAACUCCGAGCUCUGUAAUCAAUUCACAUUUUUAAUUCUGGAUCUUAGAGGUAGCUGGUUUGCAAAGAUGUUUCAGGGAAUUUUUCUGGAGACAUACAUGACAUACCCAUGUGUGCUUAUGGAUGUCUUGCCAUUUACACAUAGUUAUUCAUUUUCAGAAGCAAGAUCCAGACACUUAAAUGUAUGGUGUUGAUAACUUUAAUGAUUCCAUUCCUCUUCCACUCCCUAUGAGCUCAGCAGAAUGAAGUUAUGUUUACUGUAGUCACUUAGAAUUGAAAACUAUUAGAAACCUAAAACAAUGUGCUGCUUCUCAGACACAUAUUUUAUACAUAAGGGAAAUGUUGAGUCCAUUUUAAUAUGUUACUUGAGCUGUGUUGUUCUUGGAGGAACACAAGUCCUUUCUUGGUUGAAGUUGAAACCAGCUCACCCUCAGUAGCUUGGCUUUUAAAUGUGUUUCGCUGUUCUCAUCCCUUCAUUUAAAGGACCAGUCUAGCUUCAGUUCUGCAUGCUGUAUUCUACAUGGAAUUGUGGAACCCGUUAGCCAAAUCUUAUAAACAGUAACAUUGCAGAUAGUAAUAACUGUACAAUUCAGACCAUUCCGAUAUCACAUAUCUGAAAAUAACACACAAACUUCACACUUGUUCUGUCCUGCCUUUGUAGCAAGCCGAUAGGAUAGACAUGUCCUAGAAACUGGAUGGCAUAUAGGUUUUCAUAUAAGUACCAUGGUGUAAGUGUGAUUCAAGUGGAAAAAUAAUACUUUCACAGCUUUGUUCUGUAAACGGACACACAGACUGAAAUUUCAGAAUGGACUGAAUGAGGUGGUCGUGGCAACUUCACACAUUUGUACUUGGAGCACAAGGAGUAGCAAGGCAUAGAUAACUGUGAGGGAAGGAGUGUGAGAGAAAGGGUUAUUGAGGCCAAUAUCUUUUAAGAAUUUAGUUUUACAUAUAGAUUCCAUGUUCUUGAGUAUAAUACAUAUGGCCUAUGUAAGUAUAGGCCAUAUAUUUUCCUUGUCUUGUGUAGUUUGCAACCUCCUCAAAUGUACAUUCAGCAAACUGAUUAAUUGGCUUAUGGAAUAAUUUGGAUAUGGUUAAAUUGCUUUUAUUUCUGUUCUCUGCCACCACCUUCCCCAAUCAUCAACCCCUGAUAACUGAGCAUUACUGGAUAAUUUGUCAGUAUUUGCAUUUCCUUUGGAGCACUGAAUUAACCUGAGUUUACUGCUUUCCAUAUUUUAAGAACAUACUAUAGAAAAUGAGAAAGCCUGACUGCAUAGGUGUGGAUGCUAAAGAGACUGUUACAUUACUUCUACCAGCUAAUUCUCUGUAAUAAUUGCAUAAAAUCACACACGAAACAGGCACUGUUCAAAUUGAUGUAAAUGCCACCUGGUACUGUUGUCCAAUUAUUUUAUGCACCAAAAAAGUAAGUGCUGUUUGUACAUGUAUAUUGAAAAGUACUGUACUUAAAAGAUCUGCUUCAUAUCUCUUCUUGACCUGCUGCACACAAACAGGAAAGAAUUGGUGGCUAAUGUAGUAGUGGAUGGCAACUGGGGCAGCAGUGACCAUGAGAUGAUUUAAGUUCAGGAUCCUGAAGAAAGAAAGGAUGGAGAGCAGCAGAAUAAGGACCCUGGACUUCAGAAAAGCAGACUUUGACUUGCUUCGGGAACUCACGGGCAGGAUCCCCUGGGAAGCCAGACUAAGGGGAAGUGGAGUCCAGGGGAGCUGGCUGCACUUUAAGGAAGCCUUACUGAGAGUGCAGGAACAAACCAUCCUGAUGCGCAGGAAGACUAGCAAGUAUGGCAGAAGACCAGCUUUGCUUAGUAGGGAACUCUUCAGUAAACCAAAUCAUAAAAAAGAAGGUAAUAAGAAGUGGAAACUUGGACAGGUAACUAGAGAGGAGUAUAAAAGCAUUGCUUGGGCAUACAGGGAUGAAGUCAGGAAGGCCAAAGCGCAAUUAGAGUUGCAUUUAGCAAGGGAGGUGAAGGGUUUCUACAAGUAUGUCGGUAGCAAAAGGAGGAUCAGGGAAAGUGUGGGUCCCUUACUGAAUGGGGGAGGCAACCUUGUGACAGAGGAUGCAGAAAAGGCUGAAGUGCUUGAUGGCUUUUUCACCUCAGUCUUCACAGGCCAGGUCAGCUCCCUGACUACCGUGCUGGACAGCACAGUUUGAGGAGGAAGUGAGCAGCCAACAGUGGUGAAAGAACAGGUUAGGGACUAUUUAGAAAAACUAUACAUACACAAAUCCAUGGGGUUCGAUGCGAUGCACCAAGGAUGCUGAGGGAGUUGGCUAAUGAGAUUUCAGAGCCACUGGCCAUGACCUUUGAAAACUCAUGGCGGUCAGGAGAGGUCCUGGAUGACUGGAAAAGGGCAAACAUAGCACCCAUAUUUAAGAAGGGGAAAAAGGAGGAUCCAGAGAACUACAGGCUAGUCAGCCUCACCUUAGUCCAGAGCCAACCCGUCCUAUCCUGUGAAACCUGUGUCUGCAGGGAGCCCCACAGCCCUUGCCCCCUGCAUCCGGCUGCCUGCUACCCCCACCCCUCUGACACAGUCUUCACAUCCAGCUGCUUGCCAUCCCCUGACCCCCCUGCUGCUGCCACCAGCUUCUAUGAGUCAGAGAGCCCCAAAACUAUAUCUUGGAGGGGGUCCCAAAAAAUUGUGGGCCAGUCCCUGGAAAAAUCAUGGAGCCAGAUCAUCAAGGAAUCCAUUUCUAAGCACUUGGUGGAGAAGAAGGUGAUUAGGAACAGUCAGCAUGGAUUCACCAGGGGCAAGUCAUGUCUGACUCAUCUGAUUGCCAUCCAUAAUGAUGUGACUGGCUCUGUGGAUGCAGGGAGACUGGUGGAUGUGGUGUACCUUGAUUUUAGCAAGGAUUUUGAUACGGUCUCCCACAACAUUCUGUCAGGCAAGCUAAGGAAGUACGGACUAGAUGAAUGGACUGUAAGGUGGAUAGAAAACUGGCUGUAGCAUCGGUCUCGGUGUGUAAUAAUUAAUGUCUGGUCGGCAGCCGGUAUCAAGUGGAGUGCCCCAGGGGUCUGUCCUAGGGCUGGUUUUGUUCAGUGUCUUCAUCAAUGAACUGGAAGGUGACAUAGAGCGCACCCUCAGCAAGUUUACAGGUGAUGCCAAGCUGGGGGGAACAGUAGAUACAAGGGUGGAUUUGGUUUAAACCAAAUCGAUUUAAAUCUCUAGUCAGGAAGCCUUGAUUUAAUCAUUGAUUACUAAAAAAGUGCAUUACUACUACGAAGUUCUGCGCCUAUUCAUUUAACUUCUUGAAGCUUUUCACUUUUAGAGAAAAGUAAGGAUUUGACUGUGUGUAUACAAACUUGCAGAGAGACAGUAUGGCUGCGGGGCUCCUGAUGCAGCUCACGGAGACCAUAAAAGCUAAAGAGGCGGAAGUCAUGGGGGACCUAAACUACCCAGACAUCUGCUGGGAGACACAGACGGCAAAGUCCCACCGCUCACGCAGGUUUCUAACCUGUGUACAGGACCUCCACCUGACACAGGAGAUGUCCCUUGUAGAUUUGGGAAAGAAGCUUUUAGAAGCUGCACGAGCAGGUCAAGAUGAUGAAGUUCGCAUUUUGAUGGCCAAUGGAGCACCUUUCACCACAGACUGGUUGGGAACAUCUCCACUUCAUUUAGCAGCACAGUAUGGACACUAUUCAACAACAGAAGUGUUACUUCGAGCAGGUGUGAGUCGCGAUGCCAGAACCAAAGUGGACAGAACUCCAUUACAUAUGGCAGCGUCUGAAGGCCAUGCAAGCAUAGUAGAAGUCUUACUUAAGCAUGGGGCUGACGUUAAUGCAAAGGACAUGCUAAAGAUGACUGCACUUCACUGGGCUACUGAACACAAUCAUCAAGAGGUGGUGGAACUCUUAAUAAAAUAUGGAGCAGAUGUCCAUGUUCAAAGUAAAUUUUGCAAAACUGCAUUAGACAUUGCAAUAGACAAUGGAAAUGAAGAUUUAGCAGAAAUAUUACAGAUUGCAAUGCAGAACCAAAUCAAUACAAAUCCAGAGAGUCCAGACACUGUGACAAUACAUGCAGCAACACCACAGUUUAUCAUUGGACCUGGAGGGGUGGUAAACCUAACAGAUGAAACAGGAGUAUCUGCCGUACAGUUUGGAAAUUCCUCCACUUCUGUAUUAGCUACAUUAGCAGCUUUAGCAGAAGCAUCAGCACCACUGUCCAACUCUUCAGAAACACCAGCAGUUGUGGCCACAGAAGAAGUUGUGACUGCCGAAUCAGUGGAUGGUGCAAUCCAGCAAGUCGUCAGUUCUGGAGGUCAACAAGUUAUUACUAUAGUUACCGAUGGCAUUCAGCUUGGUAACCUCCAUUCCAUUCCAACGAGCGGGAUAGGUCAGCCAAUCAUUGUGACCAUGCCAGAUGGGCAGCAAGUAUUAACAGUACCAGCAACGGACAUUGCUGAAGAAACUGUGAUCAGUGAAGAACCACCAGUCAAGAGGCAGUGCAUUGAGAUUGUUGAGAAUCGUGUGGAGUCUGCAGAAAUAGAAUGCCUUCAGCUUUUACAGGAGAGAGAAACUCUACAGAAACAGUUGGAUGAGGCAAAUCGAGAAGCACAAAAGUAUCGCCAGCAGCUUCUAAAAAAAGAACAAGAAGCAGAGGCCUACCGUCAGAAAUUAGAGGCAAUGACCCGCCUCCAGACUAAUAAAGAAGCUGUUUGAAUAUCAAAAUGGACACAUUGCAAAGUCUGUUACUUUUCAGUCAAGAAAACUGCAGUACAAUCUUGAACUGUACUCUGGAUAGGUACAGAAAUGAGAUUUACCUGAUAAAGAAGAUGCUACACAUUGAUAACUGGACUUAAGCCAUGAGCUCUGCUGAUUUGUAACAUAAAAACUGAAUUUAGAAAUUGUGAAAAGUAUUUAAAAUUAAAUACUGUAAAUAGUUGUUUUUUUUACAGUUCCAAAAUUAGUUGAUAAAUCUUUUUGAAGGGAUCCAGAAACACAAGAAGCCAAUGUUUUUGUGAAAUUUUUGAUUUUAGUAUGAAUCUAAUUUCUGAAAAACAGAACAGUUUUAAGGGUGAUAUUGCUGAUUUAGGGUGAAAACUUGAAAAUGAAUUAUGUGACAAAAUGAAUAGUUAUUUCUAUAAGGUAACAACAUAAACCUCUCUCUGAAUAAGACAUUUCCUGAUGGAAAUCUUUGUACAGCUUUAAGUAGUUGUCUCAGUUUAUCUGAAAACUCCUUUUUUUUAGAAAGUGAAAUUUUUAUAUUUAAUUUCAGAUAUAUCCGAGUAGAUUUACAUGUAUAUGAAGCUAAUAUUUUUUAAACUUUUCAGUUUGUACAUAUUCUGCAUGUUUUUAUAAUUUCUAUCCAUAUAUCCUGCAUAGGUAUUUUUCAGCAAACAGAAGAAAAAUAAUGAGAAAAAUGUUUAGCCCUAGGGGUCAUUUGAAGUAAGCAAGCUAGCAGCCAGUUUUAUUGUGAAUGAUAUAUUUCUUGAAAGAAUGUAUUUUGUGAAAAUAAAUCUUAAUUUACUCAAUACAGACCAUUUAACAUUCUGAUAGUGGAAGCAUUGACACUUCAUUUCUGUGAAUCUCAUAUCUUUCAUGAGCAAACUUUUAAAGUACAGAAAUAUGAAAAAAUGUUUCCACUAGACAACAAAUAGCAGCUUCUUUUUUUAAAUAUUCUUUUUUGUUUCCGUGGUAAACUUGCUAUUACCUCAGUGAUAUAUUUUACAGACAAACUUUUUCAUUUAACUUAUGCAAUCGGAUGGGAAAGUUUUGUGUUGUAGUGAUGCUUUUCUUACCUAGCAUCAUUGCUUUUCACUGUGAUAUUGUGUUUGUGUCUGCUGGUGCAGUGAUUUCUUCUAUUAUACUCAGCAUUUAUAUAUUGCUUUUUCACCUUCAAAACACUGUAAAAUUGUUGCAGAAUUUAUCCUCACUAUAUGCCUGAGGCAGGUAAGUAAGCAUUCUUGUCCCAAUUUUACAGCCAUCGUAAGUGGGACUCUCAGAGAGAUUUUAAGUGACUUGCCCAUGGCCACCUGAAUCAGUGGCAGACUCGAGAAUUGAACUUGGGGCUUCUGGCUCCUAGUUCAGUGUUUAGACUCUGCUGCCUUAAGACUGUUCAGUGCUGUUAUGACAUUAGCCUUUGAACUAAUGUGCAGAUCUCUUUUUCCUUUGUUGUAAAGUAUAACUUGUCUUUUAUUUUUGCUUUGCUUUUGUCUUUCCAUGUUUCACAGCUUUUAUUAAAUUGUUUAUUGAAACAUAAAAAGUCUAGUUUACCUAUACUGUAUUCAAAUGAAUUGCCCUUAAAACUGUACUCUGGACUACUUUUUCUAUUUUACAAUUAAAUAUCUUUUCCACAUA